AUGUGCAUUUCCAUGCCCUGGGAUCUGUCCGAGUGCACUAAGAGCCUUGAGAGUGGCCUGAACUGGCUGCUGUUCAAUCGUCAACUCACUUCCAGCCUUCUCAAGAUUGUCAAAAGGAAUGCUGACAUGCUCUCUGGGAAGUACGACGUUCCAAAAAUACUCCGAGUAAGUCUAGGUUAUUUUCCCCUCUGCGUUGUCUAUUUAGCGGUCAUGCCAGUGCAAAACAACAUGUACUAG